UCCAGGAGAUUAGGACAGAGGGUUUAUAAGGAGCAGACAUCCAGGUUUAUCUUCGUUUGCUUUCCUUUCGAGUUGCACCUCUGUCUCUUGCUCUCGGGGGAGAGCGUUUGGAAAACUUGCAAAGCAGUAAGGAGUAGAGAUGAACGACCAGCCCCCCGCAGGAAGCGCUCUCGCAGCUCCUGAUGGAACUGCAGGGCCCUCCACACCCAAGAAAGGACCUCCCAAGUUCAAGCAGAGGCAGACUCGAACCUUCAAGAGCAAGGCCCCCAAGCCGGGGCAGAAAGGGUUUGGCGACGACAUCCCUGGCAUGGAAGGUCUUGGCACAGACAUCACUGUGGUCUGCCCAUGGGAGGCCUUCGGGGACAUGGAGCUCAGCGACCUGGCCAAAUAUGGCAUCAUCUAAACCUGCCCCCUACCUUCUACUGCUCCUCUCCUACGCCAGACCAGCCCAGCCCCUCCCCGCCGCUGCAUUCAGUCCUCUAGACAAACCCUCUGCUCUGAUAUUUCCUUCUCCAGUUUCUCCCCUUUUGAUGCGCUGGAUGUGCGUAUGCCGCCGUCUCACUCCCACAGACCCUUCAAGAAUACAUCCACCAGAGGAAACCAGCAGACGCAAUGACGCAUACAAAUUAUUCUGCAUCACACAAAUAAUGAUAAACAGUACAACCACCCCAUAUGCACUGUGCGUAGUCUACCUCAGUCAUGCCUGUUCACCCUCCCUCUGCCCGGAAGAAUCCAACACGCAUAGCCACGCUUCACUGUAUAACGUCUUUAGAAAGAAAAUGUAUUAAAAGUGAAACAGCGCACACCCCUAACUAUGUCUAUGUACUGGGCUGUAUUUGCUUAGAACAGUCUAGCAGAGUAUCAAUAAAGCUUAUAUCCUCCCUGGCAAAGACUUUUUUCCAUUUUUAUCUAUUAUUUGCUAUCACCCCACCACACACUAUAUAUAUAAUUUGUUUAUAUCAAACAUGGGAGACUUUGAAGGCUGGGAGAAAGAUUUUACUGUAAAUAUCAAAGGGGUGUAAUAUAUUGUAGUGGAAAGAACGUGAUGUAUGACAUAUUAUGUAAAAAAAAAAAAGCGAUAGUGGCAGCACACGCUUUCUUCUCUUUCUGUUUUUCCUCCGAUCUGUCCUCCCCAGCUCCCCCUCAGCUCUAUUUCAUGUGAAAUGUUACAAAUAUAUUUAUACUUAUUAAUGUAUUCA